AUGCAAACUCAAAAAUUCGUUGAAACUCUUAUUAAAACGCUAUUCCUAUCAGAAGGAGAUUCUCAAACAGAUUUCCUUAUGGAGCAGUUGCAGUUACUCCCUCAGAAAACUGAGAUUUCAAGUAUAAUUUAUUCAAUGUUUACGAAAUCCACGGAUAGAUCAAGGGAGAGAAUAUUAUAUUUAUAUUUGAAGUAUGUGUUACAGAAUGAGACAAUUUUAGAUAAAGAAAGUCAGGAUGAAUUGUUUAAUUUACUUAAAACCAUCACAACAUUGCAAUAUUCUAGUCUCACAUUUUCAAGAUGCAAUCUAAUAAUACAAACUAUGAAGUCUAUUAUUGCAAAUCUUACGAAAUAUAAUUUAUCAUCAAUUUCUUCUGCAGUUUAUUCAUGGGAUUCACAAAUAAAACCAUUAGCUAUGGUUAGUAUUUCACUAGUUUACGAUCAAUUUACAGGAAAUGCUCUUUCAUACCUAAUUGAAAACAAAAAUUUGCUAAAUACAGAGACUCAAAUCUCUGCUUUCUAUAUGUUUUUCAAACACUUCAAAUACGAAUCUCUUGAUACUCAAAUUCAAUCAUUAUAUGAUAAUAAACAAGUUACAAAAUCACUUGGAUUUUUUAUCGAAUUUAACAUCGACAAAUUUACAGUCCCUACAUUACAACUUAUAAAUUCUAUGUUUUCUUUCUUAGAUCCACCAGAAAGUGCAACAUUAUGCUAUAGUUUACGUGAUUCUUUACAAAAACAAUUGAAAAAGGAUGAUAUCUCAAUUAGAUUAGCAGCAGCAUCCGUAAUAUCAUGCUUAAAACCAUGUGAUACACAUGAAUUCUUUAAUACUGUUGAUCAAUUAGUUUAUUUCUUCCCAUUAUUUAUUUUAUCACCAAAAGAUAUUGAUAAUCAAAUGUGUGACUAUGCAUUUGAAUUUAUUGAACCAAGAAUUAACCAUAGUGAGUUCAAAAGACUGUUUUAUGAUUCUUUUAUGAGCGCAAUUGUGAUUUCUUCAAAAUUUGAUGUUUAUUCAUUAGAAGAUUUGUCAUCACUAUUCCCUGAAGAUAUAAGACUUGAUAUCGCUGUAAAUUUGACUUAUUUGGCGACUCAUCAUAGUAAUUGGUUGACAAAAAGUGAAGAUUUAGUUAAAAAAGUGACAAAAUCAUUACUUUUUUCAUUACAAUCGUAUGAAAAGAGUUUAGGUGAAGCAUUAGCCGGAGCAUUCUUUCAAUUCGCUGAAGAGUGUCAGAAUCAUUUAAAUUCCUUCUUAGAGAGUUUACUAGAAAACAUUUAUUUGUUUAGUUCAUCAUUUACAAGAAAAACUUUUUCUCAUUCUUUAAAUUUGUUGUUGGAACUUAAUCAAGAUUUAAUUCCUCCUUCUGUUGAACAAGGAUUCUUAGUUAAAGCAUAUGUUACUUAUAUGUUAAUAUAUGUUAAUGAAAAGACACAAGGAAGAGAAGAAAUUCUUUUAAUUUUGUUGUUGUUGAAAACAUCAUUUUUGUCAGAAAAAAUUGAUCAAAAAAUUUUGAAUGAAUUGGUCAGUUCACCUUUUGCAAAAAUAUUUGAUUUGUUAAUACCUGAAGGUAUUGCUGAUGAUGUUCAUAAAGCAUUGUUAGAUAUUGAUUCGUACGAAGCAAAUAUUCUUUGUAUUUCAUUGAAUUCGAAUGUUGUUAAUCCCGAAAAAGUUGCGAAAAACGCAGAAUCAAUUGAACCAUUUAAUCUUGAACGAUUUCUUUUGUUUUAUGAGAAUUGCGGAUACAGGAAUCCAACAGUAUCUAUUGAUAGAUUAAUUAAACUUCUCAACCAAAAACAAAAUUCUCUUCUUAAAAGAGUUUUGUUCAAUCAACCUUUAGUUAUUCCAAAAACAGCAAUUUUUGAAGGUUUCUCGAAGAUUAUUCGGUUUUCUCCUGAAAUCAAACCAACGCAUGCACAAGCAAUGCUCACUAUUUUUGAUAGCAAUUACUGUUUAUCAAAGGAAAGUCUAGAAUUCUUAUUCGUUCUUCUUGAAAAAUGUAAUAAUCAGAGAAUGAAUAUUUCUGCAAAUUUACAAAAUAUUAUUUUAUCAGAACCAUUUUUCGGAAAAUGUUUACCGAAUUUCAUCACUGUAAUUGAAAGAUCUGAUGAGAACUUAAACAAAAGUUUGAAGACUUUCUUGUCUGCAAUGAAAAGUGACAAAAACAUUCUAUCAUUUUCUGACAUUUUUCUCAAAAAUUGUUUCAUUAUAGAAAAGAAAGCAGACUUUGACUCAUUUGUUGAUAUUGUAAUAGAAAAUGGUUUAUCAGACAUAAAUAUACUGAAUUUUAUGUCUCUUUUAUGUGAAUAUUCUCCAGAUGAAUUCAAAAAUAUGCCAAAAUUAUUGUCACUUUUAAUUCAAUUAUUUUUGUCAGAAAAUGAAGAAGAAAGAAAGUUUUCUUUGAUUUCAACACAAAGAGUUUUCAAAAUAGAAUCAAAUAUUACUGAAAGCAAGGCAAUUGAUACAAUUUAUAUAUCUGAAAUUGAAGUAUUUUUAACACAAAUAAUUUCAAAAAUUUCAAAGAAAACAAUUCCUUUAAUUAUGAAAGAAUUAAUGUCAAAAGAAGUCACUUUUGUGUCACUUUUAUUCAUUAAGAACAUUAUUAAUAUUACAGGCAUCGAAUUCGUCACGAAAGAAACAUUUGAAUUCAUUUUGAAGUUGACAGAAAAAUCAGACAAAAAUGUACUUUACAUGUCAAAAGAAAUUUUACAAAAAAUAUAUAAUACUAAGAAAGAAUUUUGUUUUGAAAACGUUUUCAAUCUCAAAAACAAUUUAGUGACAAAAGAUUUUGUAUCAAACAAUUUCGAUGAUGAGUUUUUGGUGAUAUACUUGAAGUUGUUAAAGAAACAUUCAAUAGAUACUUCGAAAUCCAUUGAUAAUUGUUCUUUCCAAUUUGCUUUUUGUCAAACGUCAAAUGUCAAAAUUUUAUGGAUUGUUUUUUAUUUGUCUAUUUUGGCAUUAAACUCUGAAGAAUGUUUGUCAUCAUCAGAUUAUAGCUUUGUUGCUAAUCAGACAAUUAUGUUAGUUUCAAAGACAUUUUCUUUGUUCGGAGUUGACACCAAAAAACUUUCUUUCUCUCAUUUCAAAUCUCAAAUUGAAAUGUCAUCAAUUUUCACAGAAUUUUUGAGAAAAAUACCAAAACAUGACUUUGAAAACUUUGUUGAUCCAACAAGUGAGAUCUUUGCAUUUGAAAGAAGAGAUAGUAAUGAUAUUGUUGUUUCUACAGUGUUUUUGAUUUCAGAUUUGUAUUUAAUUUACAAAGAUGAAAGAUAUGAAGACACAAUAGCAAAUAUAUGUCUUGCUAUGAGAGAUGAUUCAUGUAGAGACACUGUUCCUUUCUUUUACAAAGUUUUUGAAAAAGAUAUUUUAUCUAAUUUCAAGAAAUCAACAAUUUCUAGUAUUUUCCAUGCAGUAAGAAGAACAUUAAUCAAUCCAGAUAGUUCACCACAAAGAAUUGCUUGUGUAUUAAUGUUUUGCAGAGUUAUGCAGUUUGUUUCAAGUGAAGACAUUUCUAAACACCAAGAAAAGAUAUUUGAAGUCAUUUCUCAGUCUUUGGAAAUCUCUCAUUUAAUCCAGAUUUCGCAUCUUUUAGAUGCAGUUUCUGCUUACGUGGAAGUUGAUUCAGACAUUAAUUCCUUCUUGAAUAUGAAUCAACUAUCAUUGCCAAGACUAUUAAUACUAUCUGUUAACGAUGAUGAAGUCGUCAGAGAAAAAUCUAAAACAAUUAUUAAGAAAUUGGCAAAGAUAGAUAAUGAUGAUAACUUAAUUAGUGGUAUUGCAGCAAUUAUAGGCAUUGAACAGACUGAUGUUAUUGGAAGAGCUUUUCUAAACUGGGUUGAAAAGAAUCCAAUAAAUCAUCGCGUAAUGUAUAUGAUUUAUUGCUUUGUUGAUUGUUUGUUACCUAAUAAGAGAUCGAAAUUCAUUGAGAAAGUCUAUUCUGUUCUACUUUCUAUUGUUGAUAAAAAUGAUGCCAACCAGAGAGAUGCGAUUCAGCUGAUGUCGACAAUAAUAUCUAAGAAAUAA